AUGACAGCUCGCGGCGCGCCAGGCGGCUCACGUGACUACGCUCCGCCGAGUGGGCGGGCCCGAGGCGAGGCUGCGAGCGGGCGGGGCGCCUGCACCGGGUGGCGUCGGUGGCGGAAGAUCCGAGGACCCGGCAAAGGCCUUGAGCCCCGGCGGAGCUCUGCUUCGGAGCCUGCUGACCUGGACCCAGCCCGAGAUAGCGGCAGGAACGCGCACCAGGACGCGGGCCGCCAGGUGUCUGGAGCAGACAUACUUCAGCAGGGAAAGUGGCAAGCCAGACGUGGGCUGAUGGCGGGCAGGGCGCUGAUGGUGGAGAUCGUGUUUGGAGAUGCGCCUGGGGGUCCAACCGCUAGGCUUCCCGUCAGCCCCUUGCUUCUACCUGUAAAUGUGAACAAGACUCCCGCAGUGGACUGCCGAGAUGUGUGUAGCGUGAAUGCUUCGAAUCGCUGUGACUUCAUCCGCAACAACCCUGACUGCCAAAGCUCAGAGGGCUACCUGGACUACCUGGAGGGCAUCUUCUGCUGCUUCUCGCCCAGCCUCCUCCCUCUGGCCGUCACCCUCUACGUUCUCUGGCUCUUCUACCUGUUUCUGAUUCUGGGAGUCACCGCGGCAAAGUUUUUCUGUCCUAACUUGUCGGCCAUCGCCACCAGCCUCAAGCUCUCCCACAACGUGGCAGUAUCCUUUUCCCCCCAUGGUGUCACCUUCCUGGCCUUUGGGAAUGGAGCCCCUGACAUCUUCAGCGCACUGGUGGCCUUCUCGGACCCUCGCACGGCUGGCCUGGCCUUGGGGGCCCUGUUUGGCGCCGGCGUGCUGGUCACCACGGUGGUAGCCGGUGGCAUCGCCAUCCUGCGACCCUUCACAGCCGCCUCCAGGCCCUUCCUCAGGGACAUCAUCUUCUACAUGGUGGCUGUGUUCUUGACCUUCACAGCUCUCUACUGUGGCAGGGUCACACUGGCCUGGGCUCUGGCGUUCCUGGGCUUCUACGUGUUCUAUGUACUCACCGUGGUUCUCUGCACCUGGAUCUACCGAUGGCAGCGGAGGAAAUCCCUGGUUUACUCCACGCCGGGAACCCCAGAGCUGCUCACAGACUCAGAGGAUGACCAGGUGUCUUCUAACACCAACAGCUAUGACUAUGGGGACGAGUACCGGCCACUCAUCCCCUCCCAGGAGACCACGGCCCAGAUCCUGGUCCAGGCCCUCAACCCGCUGGACUACAGAAAGUGGAGGAUUAAGUCGGCCUACUGGAGGGCUCUCAAGGUGUUCAAGCUGCCUGUGGAGUUCUUCCUGCUCCUGACGGUGCCCGUUGUGGACCCAGACAGGGAAGACCGGAACUGGAAGCGGCCCCUCAACUGCCUGCACCUGGUGACCAGCCCCCUGUUCUGUGUCUUGACCCUGCAGUCUGGAGCCUAUGGCCUCUACGCGAUUGGCAGCAUUCUUCCUGUCUGGACCAUGGUGGUGAUCGCGGGCACUGCCGUGGCUUCGGUGACCUUCUUUGCCACAUCCAACAGUGAGAUCCCCAGGCUUCACUGGCUCUUUGCUCUCCUGGGCUUCCUGACCAGUGCCCUGUGGAUCAAGGCGGCCGCCACGGAGGUGGUGAACAUCUUGCGGUCAUUGGGCGUGGUCUUCCGGCUGAGCAACACGGUGCUGGGGCUCACCCUGCUGGCCUGGGGGAACAGCAUUGGAGAUGUCUUCUCGGAUCUCACCCUGGCCCGCCAGGGCUACCCGCGGAUGGCGUUCUCAGCCUGCUUCGGGGGAAUCAUCUUCAAUAUCCUCGUGGGCGUGGGGCUGGGCUGCCUGCUCCAGUUCUCCCCGGGCCACCUGGAGGUAGAGCUGGAGCCGGACGGACUGCUGGUGUGGGUGCUGGCGGGUGCCCUGGGGCUCAGCCUGGUCAUCUCCCUGGUCUCGGUGCCCGCGCAGGGCUUCCAGCUGGGCAAAGCCUACGGCGUCUGCCUGCUGCUCUUCUACGUGACCUUCCUCCUCGUGGCCCUGCUCACCGAAUUCAGAGUCAUUCACCUCAAGGGGGGCCUGGAGGCCCAGCGGCAACUUGUCCUCAAAUCAGAUGGCUGUCACGCCUUCGUGUGA